GCCGUGAGCCGCUAGAUCGGGAAGGGAUGUGGGAGUCCCGAUCCUUCAGGAGGGCGCUUCGGGGAAGGGAGGAGACCCAGGUGCACCACCCGCUGCUGACACUCAGGCUCGGUCCUUCCCUCUCCUGUGUUUGACCUUCCAGGAAUCCCAGGACCGGAGGCUCUCCGAGAAGGCCCAGAUCCCUCUGCUCCUCAUGGGCUGCUGCCAGGCCUGGCACAACCUGCAUCUCUGUCUGGCCCACCACCCACCUCUGGUCUGUGCCAAUCUGAUCUUGCUGCUCCUUGGCCUCUCAGGCCUGGGCCUGGGAGGCUUCCUUCUCACCCAUAGGACUGGUCUGCGCAGCCCUGACAUCCCUCAGGACUGGGUCUCCUUCUUGAGGUCUUUUGGCCAGCUGACUUUGUGCCCUGUGAAUGCGACAGUCACAGAGAAGUCGCAAGGGUCUCAUAUCUCUCACAUCGUGGGGUUGCUGACCACCUUGAAAUUUGAAGAUGGUCCAGACCGGAACAAGACUAAAACAUUCCAAGCCAAGAUCCCAGGUAGUCAGAUGGGAUUGAAAGGAUCUUCUGCAGAGGAGCUAAUCCUCAUCACAGCCAGGGUGACCACAGAAAGGACUCCAGGAACCUGUCUGUAUUUUAGUGCUGGCCCCGGAAUCCUGCCCUCCAGCCAGCCACCCAUAUCCUGCUCUGAAGAGGGAGCAGGAAAUGCCACACUGAGCCCCAUGAUGGAUGAGGAAUGUGUCACGGUCUGGAGCCAUGAAGGCCUUGUGCUUACCAAGCUGCUCACCUCGGAGGAGCUGGCACUGUGUGGCUCCAGGCUGCUGGUCUUGGGCUCUUUCCUGCUCCUCUUUUGUGGCCUUCUGUGCUGUGUCUCUGCUUCAUGCUUCCUACCACGCCGCUGGGAGUCCCACUGGUCCAGAACCCGGCUCUGAGGGUGACAGCCAAGUCCUGCCUUGUUCUCAGGUGUGAAUCAACUUCUUGGACCUUGGCUCUGAGAUGGAAGAAAUGUUACAAAAAAUGAAGUGCUGGAAUAUGGGGAAAAAUAAGACUUUUUGUCCAGUAUUGCCUAAAAUGUUUUUGGGUCUUGGAUUGAGUUCUAAUGUGUUUAGACAGGUUUAAGAGGUUUGGGGGAUUUUUUCUUGUUGACUUUAGUUUGGGGUACAGGUUGACACAGGGUUUAGGUUACUAUAGCUCUUUCCAUAAUUGUGACUUGACUUUGGAAAAUACUUGGAUUUGAUCUCAGCUUUUUUUUUUUUUUUUAACUGGAGAUUGAAUUCAGAGCCUUCACACCAAGCUACAUCUCCAGAUCGUUUUAUUUGAGACAACCCAUGGACCCUUCUUAGCCUGGGAUGGAAAGGAGUCACUAAAUUGCCCAGAUGGGGCUGGAACCUGGAAUCCCUGUCCCAUGCUCUCGGAGAUUACAAGUGUGGGAUUUCAAGAGUGCUGCCACCUUGCCUGACAGAUCUACAUUUUGUGUUGUCUCCUUCCACGAAAUAAAAUUGAUAAUUCCAACCA